ACCUGUGAGCGCCUCAGUUGCAGAGUUAUAAUUUGACCAAUGGAGAAACAAGACAUUUCACACUUAUGACUUAAGUCGACACGUUCAAAAGGUGUUAAAACUUCUGAGUUCCUCCAAAUGUCUAAUUUUAAAAUAACUUCUACUUUAGUUUAGCUCUGGUUGAGAAGAACAACGAGAUGUGGAGCCGUCAACUCAUCAUCAUCUGCACAGCUCUGAGUUUUGUGAUCAGUGCUGAAGGUUUGAUUGAAGUGUUUGGAUACGAGGGAAGAGAUGUAAAGAUUACAUGCAGCUAUGAUGAGGGAUAUCAGAACAAUAAUAAAUACCUUUGUAAGAAUGAAUGUGGCUCCAGUGACGUUCUCAUUACAACAAAACAGAAAAAUAAAGGAAAAUAUUCCAUCACUGAUAAUAUAAAGAUCGGAGUCGUCACAGUGACCAUCUCUGACCUUCAAUCACGUGAUGCUGGGAAAUAUUGGUGUGGAAUCACAGUGUGGGGACCAGAUAUCUACACUGAAGUAAAACUGCACAUAAAAGAAGACAGAUGUUGCAACAACGUGAAUAAAAUCCAAAGUAUUGAGGAAGGUUCAGUGACCAUCAGCUGUCCGUACGACUCUCAGUCUGUCAACAAGCUGAAGUUCCUCUGCAGAGGAAACCGACCCUCCACUUGUCUUCAGCAGGCAGUGAUCACCUCUAGCAACACACAAAAUGGACGAUUCAGACUCUCUGAUGACAGGAAGUCAACAAUAUUCACAGUGACCAUUUCCAGUCUGACCCUGGAGGAUUCUGGGUCGUAUCUUUGUGGAGUCCAGAGAAACUCAGGAUUUGAUGAUUUCUCUGCUGUUGAGCUGGAGGUCAAAGCAAAAUUGUUCUAUCUGAAGUCGUCCAACAUCAGUGGCAUCGAGGGACGUCCAGUAACUCUGCAGUGUCCUAAUUCAGGACAACAACAUGAUAACAAGAAGUUCCUCUGUAAAGGAGACCAACACAACAACUGUACAGACAUGAUGGAGAACCAAACAAAGUUCAAGCUGCUCAAUGUCUCCUCCAUCUGUUUCUCUGUGAUCAUCACUGAACUGGAAGCAGCUGAUGCAGGAACAUACUACUGUGGUUCAGCCUCUCAGCUGACAUUCAUAAAGAUACAGCUGGCAGUCGACUCUCUACAUCAAACCAGCUCUGUGGCUCCAAUUAGCUCUGCUGAACAGGUUACAUCACAGCCUCCAUCACAUAAUCCUGACCUGACCUUAUUUUACAUCCUGCGCGUCGUCCUGUUUCUGCUGUGGAUCCUGCCGUUUGUCCUUCUGAUGAUUCCUAAAAGAAAAUCAAAGCAACAAGACAUCCAAAUGAAUGUACUGAACACCUCUGAUACUUCUGAGAACCCGAGAAUCAAUGAUAUUUGUGAACCUUCACAUCAAAGCAUCAGGAGCAACAAUGAAGCUGCUGAGUCUCAACAUGUGAACCAAAGUCUCACCACAAAUGAAGAUCUCUAAUCUGAUUGUCGGAAAGCAAAUGAUUAAAUGCACUGCAAAGGAAAUUAUUGCGCCACUUUCAAGCUAAUUUUAAGAUUUUAUGCCAAAUGUUUAAUGUUUUACUGUUAUAACUUGUUUCAUUACAUUAACUUUCUCCACACCUUAAUAAAUAAUAGGUUUUUCAUGAACCAGCAUUUGUUUCUUUUUAAUUUAAGACUAAAUCAUGAAGGUGAUAAGGCUUUCUGUAGAGAAAAACAUUUUAUAUAUCACCAGUAUUUUCAUCCUGUUAUAUUGUUCUGGCAAUCUUUUAUGUUUCUAUAUUUGUCAUUUGUCAGCUUGGCUUUAAAAUAAAUUUUAAUUCUAGCCUCAA